AUGGCACAAACGCUGCGCCCGAGUGUAGUUCCGAUUUUGGAAGAGGCGCGGGCGGCGCGCGUUCUGGCCGGUCACCGCGGCUGGCGCGCCAGCGUCACGGCCGAGACCUGCCACCACUAUCUCACGCUCAACGCGGAGGACGUGCGUCCCAGACGGACCGAGUUCAAGUGCGCGCCGCCUAUUAGGAAUAAUAAUAGAAUAAUGCUUACUAAGGCAAAGUUGUGGGAGUACAUUAGAGACGGAAGAUUGGAUUUAGUAACUUCCGAUCACUUACCCAGUGUACCUGAACUUAAAGGCUCAGAUUUCUUGAAGGCCUGGGGUGGAAUAGAUUCUUUACAAUUCGACCUUUCAUUAUUCUGGACGGAAGCAACCGCGCGGGGGCUGGGGCUAUCGGCGGCCUCUCGCUACCUGUCCGCGGGCCCCGCGCACCUCGCCGGCCUCCAGGAGCGCAAGGGAGCGCUCCGGCCCGGCCUUGACGCCGACCUCAUCUUCUUCGAUCCGAAUGCUGCAUUCUUCGUCACGCCUGAGAUCAUCCGCUACAAAAAUAAAGUAUACCUACCUAUUACCUACUUUGUUCUUAAACAAUUUCACGCAACAGAUGACUGA